AUGUUGCAAACGCUAUCGACUGUGUUAAAUAAUAUCAAGACCAAAAGUAAAUAAGAAAUUUAUCAAUUAUCAAAUAAUUUGAAUAAUCCAGAUUAAACUAAGCAUAACAUGUUACAUUAGGUAAGACCAGAAGUUUUCAAUUAAAUAUUAAUAUUUUUAGAUAUUCAACAAAUUUUACAAUUUAGAUUGGUAAGCAGAAGGGCAAAUGAAACUAUAAAAUUAAUGCUUCCAAAAUAAAUACAUAACUUAUAAUAUUUAAUAGUAGAAUAAUAAAAUGAAAUAUAAGUCAAAAUCUAAAUUUUAGAAGCAACCAAAAAUCCAAAUUAACAACAAGAUUUGUAAGCAGCAUUAAAUCAAAUAUCAGAAAUUCCUAGAAGUCGUUUUGUAGAGCUGAAACACUAUGCCUAACCACCUGAAAUUAUUGAGAAGGUAAUAACUCUAGUUUGCUUGGCAACAGAUUCAACAUUUAAGAUAUAAAAAGAUAAUUGGAAGGAAUGCCAAAAGCGCCUUGGUCAAGGAAAUUUUAUUAAUUCAAUUUUAUAUUUAGAUAUUAGUAUAUUAAAGGAAAAACAAUUAAAAUAUUUAGAAUAAGUAAAUAGUUAUACAGAAGAAUAAACAGCUUCAAAGUCAUUAGUGGUUAGAGCUCUGCUCAUUUUUUUGAAAGCUGUAGUUGAAUUAAGGAAGUCUAAUCUUUACAAAAUGUUUGAUGAAAUAACAGAAUUAGAGCACAAAAUAAGGAAGAAGAAACAAUUUAUUGUCAAUUUAGAAAAGAUAAAUGAUAAUUGA